AUGGGAACCAUUCAAAGAGUUGUUAAAUUAAAUUUAUUAUCAUCCGAUAAUCCAGGUUUAGUCGAUGGAAUCAUGUACGGUAUCGUUAUUGGUAAAGUUGAAAUGCGAACAUUUGAAGGAAACGAUCGUCAUCAACGAAGUGUACUUAACUUUACAUUUCGAGAUUCCAUUAAAGAUUUUGUUAAUAUUGCUUAUUGGCUUCCACCAAAAGAUUUAAUUAUUAUUAGUAGUAAAUUUACAAUUGGAGAUGUUGUGGCAAUUCAUUAUCCAGUUGUAAAAGCUAAAUCAGAUGAAAAAGCAAAUACUUAUACACCAUGGACACCUUUAUCUAUUGAACUAUCAUUAAAUGAAAAAUCAUAUGUAGAAAAAAUUGAAGGGCCAAAAGCAAAACAAUAUGAAUCUUUAGCUUCUGUACCUUGUCGAGCAGGAAAUGAUUAUUACACUUUAGCACAAAUCGUUACUCAUGGUGAACAAUUAGUAAAAAAACUUGAUGGAAUUAAUGUUUUAGCUGGUGUACAACAAAUUGGUGCAUUGAAAACGAUUCGAACACGACGACAACGUGAAACUGAUUAUGAUAAUGAAGAAAAACAACUUUUAGAAAUCUUACUUUUUGAUGGAGAAACAAGUGGAGUUUGGUUAACAUUUUGGGAUAGUGAACAAAUCAAAUUUGCUCAACGAUGGAUACCUGAAGAACAUAUUAUUUUUUGUGUGGGUUUACGUGUUCGUUAUGAUGAAUAUCGAAAAGUUUAUGGACUAACUGCAACUCGUCAAAGUUUAUUUACUAUUAAUCCAGGUAGUCAUCUUUAUUAUACGAAUGAAUCAGCUCAAUUGUAUGAAUCAAUGCGAUCAAUACCGAUUGAUGAUUUACUCAAUGUUGCCAUAGACGGUGGUUUUAAUGCACUUCAAGCAACAAUUGUAAAUAUACGCGAAUUAAAACAAUAUUUAUCUGAUGACAAUGGUACUGAUACAUUUAUUGUACAAUGUUUUUUAACUCAUUUCGAUCUUGAUGGACCAUUAAAUCAAGUGAUUACAAAAAAAUGUCUUUUUUGUAAUCGUUCUAUUCGUGAUAAUAAUGGUUUUAAUGAAUGUACAGAAGCUGAAUGUCGUAUGAAAUUAUUGGAACAAACCAAUGAUGAAAAUCUUUCAACAAAAGAAGUGUUUAGUUUAAAUGUUCAUUUAACGGAUCAUACAGGUACAAUAACAAAUGUAAAAUUAGGUGAUGAUGUUGCAAGAAAAAUACUCAAAUGUUCAGUCGAUGAAUUUAUUUUAAUGACUGAUGAACAAAAAACAAAACUUAAAUGGACAUAUUUACUUGAAAAAUUACGUUUUGGAAUUCAAAUUAAAAAUAAUUCAAAUUAUGCUAAACCAAUUGUACGAAUAGCUUGUUUAUUUCCUCGGGAAUAUUUACCAUCAUCUAUCGAUGAUGAACAAUCAUAA